UAUGCUUUUCUUGUGAAUGUGAAUUUUGAAGGAAAUUACUUGUUAUUUGCAGAGAAAGCUUAAAUAUCAUAAUAAUAAAUAUAAAUCUCUACAUACAACAAUAAGAAAAUGACCACCCUCGGUCCUAAAAAGGAUGGAGGCCCAAAUGUGGAAUACUUUCAAUCGCCGGAAUGCUUGGCUCAAUUUGACCAAAUCCGUGUAUGGUUGCAGAAAAAUUGUAAAAAGCAUGUCCAAACUGAUCCACCUACAAAAGAAGGCUUGGCACAACUAGUGAUUCAACUGAUACAGUAUCAAGAGAACAAGUUGGGUAAAAAUGCCACCGAUCCACCUUUUCUGAGACUUCCUAUAAAAGUGUUCAUGGACAUGAAGCCUGGCGGCUCACUGUGCACCGUGCUGGCCACCAUGUUCCGCUUCAAGUCGGAGCAGCGGUGGCGCAAGUUCGACUUCCAGGUCGGUAAGAACCCCUCUCGCAAAGACCUGAACGUGCAAAUGAUGAUGGAGAUAGAGACAGCUUUGCUGAGCGCUGAAAUAAUCAGGUCACCUUGCAUCUACAUACGCCCCGAAGUCGACAAGGCAACCGCCAAUAAAGUCAAGGAUAUCAUAAGCAACCAUCAAGUAGAGAUCUGCGAUGACGAAGAAGACGCCACCCACAUUAUAUACCCAGCCGUAGACCCACUGGAGGAGGAAUACGCACGGCCGGUGUUCCGUCGCGGGAACAACGUGCUCAUACAUUGGUACUACUUCCCCGACAGCCACGACACGUGGGCGCAGGCUGAUUUACCGGUUGAUGUACCGGAAACAGCGAACUGGGACUGUAAUAAAUCGGACCCUUACCGCGUGUCUGCUACAUGGGUGUUGGAUUUGCCGCACUACAAUGAGUGGCUCAAUGAAGAGGAUUAUGAAGUUGACGCUAAUGGAAAGAAAAAGGUGCACAAACUACGUCUAUCAGUCGACGAUCUGAUCCCCGGAGGAGAAACCUCGUCAAAGAGCAAGAAAGGCAAGAGGAAGCGUUCCCCCUCCCCACCCCCGCAGAAACAUAGCAAGAGGAAGAGCCGUGUAGCAAAACGGCGGGAAAACGACGUAGACGAAGAGGAGGAUAAUGCAUCAAGGGAUAACACUGAUGUUACUCCCGCCCCUGAACCUGAAAGAGCACCAGAACCGCCCGCAAGCACGUCGUCCGGUGCUAACACAGCGGCUGAGUCGAGUGCUGCAGCGGCGGAUGCUCCGACCACGCCUGCGCCCAUCGACCACCAUGAUGACUCGCAGGGCAAGCACAGCGACUCCAACACGCAGGAAACAAUAAUCAAAGAGGAGCUAGAAGACAAUGUAACGGAUCAAACGCAUCACAUCGUAGUACCGUCCCACUCCGUGUGGUUCGACUAUAACUCCAUACAUACCAUCGAGAAGAGAGCCUUACCAGAGUUCUUUAAUAACAAGAAUAAGUCUAAAACACCGGAGAUGUAUCUCGCUUACAGAAACUUCAUGAUCGACACGUACCGUUUGAACCCCACGGAGUAUCUAACAAGUACGGCGUGUCGCCGCAAUCUCGCGGGCGACGUGUGCGCUAUCAUGCGUGUGCACGGUUUCCUCGAACAGUGGGGACUCGUUAACUACCAGGUCGAAGCAGACGUCCGUCCGACGGCAAUGGGCCCGCCGCCCACGUCACACUUCCACGUUUUAUCCGAUACGCCAUCAGGCUUGCAGCCAUUGCAGCCCAGACCAGCACAGCCUAGACCUGGUAGCUAUGGUUACGUAGAAAACGCAGCGGUGCCUAAAGUGGAGGCCGGAUUACCGAACGGUGCGGAAGGCGGAGCUCCGGUCAAGGCCGAGCCGACGGUCAAGACAGAACCGACCCUGGAACUGGGUAAUGCGCCUGGACUUAAGUUGGAUCAGUACCGCGGUGGAGCCCGCGGUCGCGAAUGGACGGAACAAGAGACGCUUCUACUGCUGGAAGCGCUGGAGCUGCACCGCGACGACUGGAACCGCGUGGCCGCACACGUGGGCACGCGGACACACGACGAGUGCAUACUGCAGUUUUUGCGGCUGCCCAUUGAAGACCCGUACCUUAAUGAUAGCGGUGUUUUGGGACCUCUAGCGUACCAACCGAUCCCAUUCAGCAAGACGGGCAAUCCAGUUAUGAGUACCGUGGCUUUCCUCGCCUCUGUGGUGGACCCGCGUAUUGCGUCCAAAGCUACUAAAGCGGCUAUGGACGAAUUCGCUGCUAUUAAGGACGAGGUGCCGGCGGCCAUGAUGGAGGCGCACGUGCGCGCGGCGGGCGCGCUGGGCCCGCAGGCCGCGCUCGCGGGCACCGGCAUCGCCGGCACCGCGCCCGAACACCCGCCCGAAAAGAAAGAAGGCGCCGACGUAAAGGGAGAACCAAUGGAAGUGGAAGGGGAGGGAGAUGCCAAAGUGAAGGAGGAGCCCUCUGAGGGAGCGGCACCCGCUGAGGAGAAAGAUGUUAAGGAGGAAGAUGCGCCACAACCACAAGAACCGCCUGCACAAGUUGACGCGAAACUCCAAUCAGCGGCCGCAGCAGCUUUAGCAGCGGCCGCUGUUAAGGCGAAGCACCUCGCUGGAGUCGAAGAGAGGAAAAUUAAGUCUCUAGUAGCGCUGUUGGUAGAGACUCAGAUGAAGAAACUGGAGAUUAAGCUGCGGCACUUUGAAGAGCUGGAGGCCACUAUGGAGAGGGAGAGGGAAGGUCUUGAAUACCAACGCCAGCAACUAAUACAAGAAAGGCAACAAUUCCACUUAGAGCAAUUGAAGGCGGCCGAAUUCCGGGCAAGAAAUCAUGCUAUUCAAAGGUUACAAGCAGAAAGCGGCGGCACCGGCGUGGUUGGGGUGAACGUAGGCCCCGUGGGGGGGGUGGCCGGUGUGGUGGGGGCCCCGGUGGGCCCCGCCCCACCGCCCGCGGAGCCCACGCAGGAACCGCCACACCACCACCCUUAAGCACCGCACGGCUUAUGGGGCCUAUAGCUCUAAUUAAGGAUUACAUUAGCUGUUUAGUACUUUAGUAUACCAAAAUAGGAUAAGUGCUAAUGAAAUGGGUGGUUUUUGAAUAGUUGGAAUCUCGGGAUGUGAUUGAAAUUUGUAUCGGACUAGGUUUUGUCCGCCGUGAAGAAAAUUGCUAUGCAGUAAAAAUUAGCAUAUAUCCUCUAGCUUUCCGUACGAAACCAUAUCUUACAGUCGCUCCAUUGCAAUAUGAAAGAAGGAUAAACAAACAGACCUACUCAUUUAGAAUAUUAGUAAAGACUUACAGAGAAUUGUUUCCACUAAACAAUAGUUUUAUAUGCCGUUAGUUUAUUCAUACCAUUGCAUUGUGAACAGUACGCAGUUUUUAAUGAAUUAGAAUUUUCUCAGUUUUACAGAUGAUACGGACAAAACAAGAAAAUGACUAAAUUGCAGUCAUGUCCUUCUUUUACACAAUUUGACAGAACUAGUAUAUUAUAUUAUGGACCCUCUACACAAUGGACAACUUUGGUCGAGUAGAGGCAAUCACGAUAGUGUAGAGGGCCUAAAUGUCUUUGAACGGCCGUCAUGGUGGAUAAUAAUCGCCGUAAUGGCGGUAAAUAUUGACCAUCAAUUGUUGGGCCAACGCUGCUCAUUUUGAGAAGGCCCAUUAUGUAUAACAUUUGUAAUAUUCAAAAGUUUGAAUGCCUAUUUCAUUAGUUAUAGUUUUAAGGUGUAUUGUAAUUCUUGUGAGGUCGGUUAAGUAUGACGAUGAUGUAAAUGUAUACCAUCAAUAAUAAUUUCCAGUAAAUCUUGUGUAUGCUUACUUAUGUCACAUGUAAAGCAAAUAAAUAGCUUCUUUAUUAAUAAAUAAUUAUUAAUUUAUUAUUAUAUUAUUAUAUAUUAUUAUACGGUAUUUCUAUAAUUGUUUAAUAUCGUCUACUGCAGCAAUUACGCAUACGAUUACUUUUUUCAUAAUUAUAUACCAAAUUAAUAGUUUUUCCAAGCAAAAACAUAAUUAAAACUAUCUUAUUUAUUUAAUAAUUAAUACCGAGAUCUCGUGGUAUAGUAAAUAUUAUAAAAACUGUAUCAAUAUGUAUGGUUUUCUAUAUAAAAUAUUAAAUUCAUAAUGUGAUCUUUUCAUAAAAUUAUUUAAUCAGAUGUGACAUUACUGUGAAAAAUGGUAAGCAAAUGUUUCUGUUUCCGUAUGCCAUUUAUUUCUGUUAAACAAAUGAAGUGUGACAAAUUUUUUGUAAUUUUAUUGAAAUUAAAAACAUUUAUAUACUAUGCAA